CUUCUGCAGGCUCGGAAGCGUACCUGCAACCGUUAUUUCCAAGAGAUUCGAGACUCGUCUCUCUUUUUCGCCCCCGAAAUAAGCCGUGUCCACUCCACAGCCUUCCUCAGCCUUCCCGCAAAAGAUCACCUUUCUCAUCAACACCCUCGAAAUAGACAACAAGGAACAAACUCCCUACCGACUCCCUAAAUCUAUCUCAAAUGCGAUAGCACCAUUCCGUAUACGCGAGAAGUGCGGUUGGGAAUCAGGACGGAGCUUAUUCAGGGACUGUGUCGCCACAAAUAAUCAUGGACUUCACAAAGCUCAGAGCUGCGGCUCUGAAGGACGGCGACGACGAAGAAGCUGUCACGGUCAAUACUCGAGCCCUGAUAGACAAAGUCCUUGCGAGAUACAGUGGUGAAUGGACCACGCUGCGGGAAUUACUACAAAACGCGGCAGAUGCUCAAGCCUCGACAGUUGUGAUCAAGUUCGAGACUCUACCCUCGGCCCAGGUCCCUAUUUCGAACACAACCAACAGUGCUGAAGUCCUGAAACAUGUGCUGUUGCACCAUACAUUACGGCGACUGCUGGUCACGAACGAUGGAUUACCGUUUGGGGUCAACGACUGGUCGAGGCUGAAGAGAAUAGCUGAGGGUAACCCUGACGAGACGAAGAUUGGUGCUUUUGGUGUGGGAUUCUACAGCGUGUUUGCAGAUUGUGAGGAACCCUUCGUCAGUUCUGGAAAUGAAGCUAUGGCAUUCUACUGGAAAGGCAACUCGUUGUUUACCAGAAGACUACAGCUGCCUGCGGCUGAAGGGAACCCGAAUACCAGCUUCGUCCUCGACUAUCGAAAUACUACGACACCUAUGCCGAAUCUAUUAUCCAUUUGCCAAUUCUUGGCAACCAGUUUGACGUUCGUUGCUUUGCAGAAUAUUGAGCUGUGGGUGGACGACUGGCAAAUAUUGUCCUUGAAAAAGAAGGCUGCUCCCAGCAUAGAGGUUCCUAUAGCCAGGGAUGUUGAGACGAAGACGAAGGAAGGAUUGAUGAAAGUGAGCAGCAUGGAACGAGAAAGUGUCCAAAUGGACGCAACAUUCAUGAAUGUUGUAGGUUGGAAGCCCUCAAUUCCGGCAACACCCAAACCAGGCAGCUAUGACAACGCCUAUGGCACCAGCUCUGCUGAUGUGCCUUCGUUACGAUCUUUCUUCUCGCGGUUAACAGCAAGCACAAGUCAUGCUCAGCUGAAGACGAAGGCAAUGAGAGACGAGAAGGUUCUUCAAGAUAUCGUUCUUGAAAAUCUCACUGGAACGACGACUGCAAACGUGUUCUUGCGGGUCACUACUGCCGUUGUCAAAACCCAUAUUGCUGCCCAAUUCGCAGCAGAGCUUGAGCGUGCUACCAAGAAGCCACCACCCAAGACUACGAAGCUUGCGAUUUUGACCGCAUCAUAUGAUGAGAUUGCAGCUUCGGCAAAGGAAAAUCCAGUAGCGAAAGGGAUUGACAUAUUUGCCUCCGUUCUUCCAGGCAAGAAGCCUGGUGGGCGAGUUUUCAUCGGCUUCCCUACCCAUCAAACCACUGGGGCUGGGAUGCAUCUCUCCGCGCCUUCAGUCAUUCCAACUGUCGAGCGAGAAUCGAUAGAUCUGAAUGCCAGAUGGGUUAGAACUUGGAACUUUGAGAUGCUCCGAGUUUCUGGUAUCAUGGCUAGAUUGGCAUUUGCGAACGAGAUGGUUGAUCUUUCCACCAAGAUUAAGCGCGCGACAGACCAGAAUGGUCAUGGAACCAAGGUCACCAAGGACGAAAUCGCUCAGUUCAUACCUGAAGCGUUGCACAACUUGAAGACCUUUACCUUCGGGGAGUCGACUCCCAGUUCCCAGGUUUCGCAGAUUAUCGAGGAGGCAUUUUGGACAGCCUACAAGAAACCGUCCAUCGAAAUCUAUAGCACCCGAGGCGUUUUACCGACGACAAAAGUCCGAUUGGCUACGGAAGACUUGAGUGGUUUCGUGGAAGGCAUUCCUGUAGUUCCUGAGGCUUUGGUUGACAGCGGGUUUGUGAGCAAGCUGAGGGAGUUUGGGCUUAUCACAGAAAUCACCAUUGGCGACGUCAAGCAAGAACUGGAAGCUAAGGCCUUGACGAGAGACCAGCUUAUUCAAUUUAUUGGCUGGGCUGGUCGCAAAGCCAUCACUGGGGAUAUCGAUGGCCCGACGAUCAACUCACUUAUGGAUGUCGCCGUUGCGAUGACUGGUGAGGUUGAAGGUUCUGGUGAUAUCAUCACACUGGGUAGUAUCAAGAAUUACCUCAAUGUUGGCAAGAUUCCGGCAGAGGUCCCGAUUCCGCCCACGACUAUCCCUUUUCUGUUCACUCGAGCAUCGUCGAUUAAUGAACUGCAAGCCCUUGGCUGGGAACCUCUCGAAGUUGUUCCCUGGCUACGAUUUUUGAUUGAGACCAAUGCCAAUCGGCCUGAGCUUCAGAGUCUCAGAUCAGUCCUCUUUGCUGCCCAAGUACUUCUGAUAUUGUCAAGAUCCUGGGAUGGCCUUAGCCAGAGCUCGAAGGCAACAGUCGUUUCCCUCCUCCAGCCUAUCGCUGUUGUGCCGACAAAGUGCAGCAUGAAGAAGCCAGGAGAAGCUUUCUUUGCAAGUGUCAAGCUUUUCGAUGACCUUCCCACGGUCACAUCAUGUCCUGGAGUAAAGGAGAAGUUCCUCGCUGCUAUUGGUGUCCGAAAGACAGUAGAUCUCGAAACUAUUUUCAGCCGUCUUCUUUCGCCCACUGCAGACGCGAAGCAAGGUGAAAAGCCUACGAACAGUCGCCACAUGGAAUUGAUCAAGUAUCUGGCAUCAGUCCGAGAUGACAUUCCACCGGAAGAUCUGAAGAGAUUAAAGGCUACCCCAAUUUGCCCUGCAGAAGCAGGUCCGAAAGGCAUGGAGGCAACUCAGGGGAGCGCCAGGUUGUACAGAGUCUCCGAGAUAUUUGAACCAAAAGAUGCACUGAGAAAUCUUGGACUGCCAAUACUGCAGUGGCCUGGCCCAUCUGGAAGCUACAGACCAGGGAGCUUGGAGGGUCGAUUUUUGACACUUCUUGGCAUCAGAGCGUUCCCAUCUGUCCCCGAACUCAUCGAUAUGAUGGCAUCAGAAGAUGCGUCCUCGAGGGAAAAGUCCAUGAUCUACUUCAUUUCAAACCACCAUAUUAAUGGCUAUGCUGCUUUUGAAGUAGGAUCCUCGACAAAGUCAUUUCUACCUUUGCAGGGGGAUGACAAACGCCUGGUCAGCCCGGCUGAGUGUUUUACGAACCACGAAUGUGCCGUGCUUGGGUUUAGUAUCUUAAGGAGAGAACUUCACAACCAUGCGAACAAGUUCGGCGUAGCGAUGGAUCCUCCCAUGACUGAAUGCGUGAACAGACUCGUGGCUAAGCCGCCCCAGAGCAGGCGCGAGGCUAUCACUCUAUUCGGAUACUUUGCAAGCAGACUUGGUGAGCUUGGGCUGAACGCUGUGGCGAAGAUUGCCGAUGCACGCAUCGUGCCUGUAUUGGCCAAGAAUCAGACCUCAAAUGGCUACAUCAACGAGAAAGCUGGAGAUCAUAAAGACCUGAGACAUCUCACCCCACGUCAAUGCUAUUUAGGCAGCUCUUCAAACUAUGCCGACAUAUUCGACUUUGUGGAUUUUGGCAAUGAAGCCAAUGCUUUCUUGCUAAAGUGCGGUUCGAAGAAUGAGCCGACGAAGCUUGAGCUUGCUGCUUUGGCGUGCAAGGAGCCAGCGCGAUUGCUUGGAAUCAUGCAGAGCCCCGAGAAAUACUUGAAUUUGCUCAGAACAUUGGCUGAUGACCUCUCAAUGCUGAAGAAGGACAAGGUACUAUUCAAACAGAUGAGACAGUCCCAAUUUCUUCUAGGGUCAGUAGAGAUCCCCGGAAACAAGGAGAACGUGAAGGGUCGGAGAUUGAGUGGUCUUCAAUCUGCCGAUACUGAGUAUGAUUCGGAUCCAGAGGAUAUCGAAGAUGCUCCUAUCAAGCAAUGGCAGCUUGCCCUGCCGGGACAGAUCGUCGUGAACGAUGAUUACAAUGGGUAUCGGCUAUUCAAAAGUUCCCUUAUAUGUGCUCCGGAAGAGGACAAAUUAGAGACAUUCUAUCUUGCACUCGGCGCCCAGACACUUGGAAGUUUAGUCCAGGAGGAUCUACGACUCGGACAGCCAGCCGAGAAACAAUCUUCGGCCGUGAAACUCCGCAGCCACGUCCUCGAGCGGUCGAAGCUCUUCUUACACGAGUACAGUCGCGACAACAUCAAACAUGACAGUCGUUGGUUGGAGAAGAACCUGACAGUUCAGACAGUCAGUUCGAUAUCCCUUCGUCGGUCCCUUCGCGGACACAACUUGUCACACACAGAGAAAAGAUCUGCCGCAUACACGAAUGAUCGACACAAUGGGUAUACGCUGUUCAUUACAGCUGGCAGUCUCGAUACAUAUCAGAUCAGCCUGGCGUUGUGCAAGAUACUCCUCGACCGGCCAAACCAGAGUGCCUAUCUCACGUUUGAGCAGUUCCUGAAUCUGAACUUGUACCAGCUUCGGGCUCGAGGAUAUAACGUUGAACGAAUUCUGCGGGCAAAGGCGGCGGAGCAGAGGAUUGCAGAAGAGGAACGCAGAAAGCAGCUCGAGGCGGAACAGCAACAGAUCAAGGAACAGGAAGAGUUGUGGAGACAACAAAAUCAACUUGUGUCUGCCGCAGCUGCGAGCGAGCGAAGCAAAUCUUCUGAUAAACCCAUGCCUGGAGCUUUUGGUAGCGAUUCUCCGGAGAAUUCACCUACGCCACGUGCAAAGUCACCGCCGAGACAUAGGUCAAAGGGCAUAUUCUCUGGUCUGAAGGAGCGAUUGGGCAUCAACAGCAGCAGCGAUGAGGUGCAAGACCAAUUGCAAAACUUCCUGGAUGGACCCAAGCCGCCUCAUGAUCACCAGCCUGACAAUCCGCCAACGUACGACGAGGCCAGCAAAGGCACAGUCUCGAACCCUGGAAAAGGAACCGAGCAAGUCUCAUCACCACAUGCUGUCCAGCAGAAUCUCCUGAACGCGAUCCAGUCUUCUCGAGCACACGAUUCCUCUGAUUUAUUCUCUCCACCCAACACAAAAGCAAUCAAAGAACAGGCAACAUAUUGUGACGCGACUCCCUCGCAAAACAUCACCUUCCUCGCCGAUGCGUCGAACGGCACCAGGAUCUUCGUCGACAAGACCAUCGCCUCACCUACCGCAUUCCUCGCGCAGAACGUCUCAGCCCUGAACUCCUUCGCCGUUCUCCUCGACGACGUAUGUGACAUCUACUCCCUAUCUCGGAAGGCAAUGCACAUCUUCUACGACGAAUCAGGCGCCACUAUCGCGUUCAACCAAAACGGCAGCAUAUUCUGCAACUUCCGCUUCUUCACGCAAUUGCAUCAGAAGAAGAUGGAGAGUGGGGAUCCUGAGGGGAGGAAGGAGGCGGCGAGCUAUUGGUGGGUUGUCGUUGCGCAUGAGCUGGCGCACAAUCUGGUGAUGCCGCAUAAUUCGGAGCACAGCUUUUACACGGAGAACUUGAUCGCGAACUACUUCCCCAAGAUGAUGGCUAAGGCUGCGGCGUACGCAUCGCACGUCCCGAACCCGAGUCGCAGAGCCCUGUUGGGAUCGGGACGGGAACAGAGUCUGUUGGAUUAGAGGCGCUUGGAGAGAUGAGAUGUAUAGAUGGGUUGGCUUUUGUUUGUGUAUCCGGCAUUGUAUUGUGACAUGGCAUGGCAUGGCGUCUUAGAGAUAAGAUAGAGAGACAGACAGAAUGGUGGGCAAAGACUAGUAUAUUUACCGGGUUUCUUUCCCUCUCUUGUUGCAUCCCUUUAUAGUAUAUUGACUUAUUCUCGGGUUCCGGGGCGGAUAUCAAAUCGUUAAAUUCGUGAGUCCAUUUCUUCUGCAGAAGACUAAACAGAUGCUGAUUAAAUUUAUUGUGACAUGCCCAAGUAGGUCGGUCCAUCGCAGGGUAUCAAAAUCCAACCACGGCGCCAAGAGCAACGAACUCCUUUCAUGCUUGUCUAUAUUCCCAUUCCCUCAACGCCGUCAUAGGCCAAGUGGCAACCGUUC